AUGGGUCAGUCUUUUGGUAACACUUUCUACCUCAGCAGGCCUCUCUGGGUAGAGGAGGAGUUACUGGAGCAAGAGUUCCUUGAGCGCUGUUUUCAGGAAAUGCUAGAUGAUGAAGAAAAGGACUGGUUCAUUCCCUCACGUGACCUGCCUCAAGGGGUUGGCCAACUUCAGCAGCAGCUUAAUGGGCUCUCUGUAAAUGAUGGUCGUAAUACAGAUGACAUUCUGAGCAAAAGCAAGUUGAAUCCAGAUGCAAAGGAGUUUGUUCCAGGAGUGAAGUACUAACUUCAGGAAUACAUUCAGAUGGUCUCCCUCCUGUUUGGAGAAAGGUGCACAAAACUGGGAAAGGAAGUAGAUAUGGCUGACACUGUGGCUCGAAUGACUUUAUUUUAACAAGAUUGAGCGUUUGAAUAUUUUUUCAGUGUACUGUCUGGAUGGACUGCUUGUUGAGUUGUGCGGCAUUUUAGGAAAGGGUUGUAUAUUUGGGAAAAUAUGCCAGCGGUGGUGUGCCUUGACUGAAAAAUUAAGAAUCGAUUUGAAGGUUACACAUCACAGUUACAGCUCCACCGUCCUUUUCCAACUCUGCAGCUCCAGGAAAGAGUGAGCAAGUUGCUUUCUGAAAAAUAGAACUGAGUAGAUGGGUACUUCCCAAACUGUUUAAGACUGAGAAUCGGAAUGGAUGUGUUCUCAAGGAAUUCAUGUAAGACCGAGGUGAACAGUUCAUUCAUUGGAAACAUUGAUUUGCACCUUUUGGGAGCUGUCCCUUUGUGUCAGCCAGUGAGGACAUGCUAAGCACUGUACAUUUUGAUGUUUACUGAGCACUGGUGAAACUGCAGAAUACCAGACUGACCCAUUUGCUGGUCUGUACAGCCUGCAACACAGUGGAUUUCAGAUGGAAAUCUUGUUUCAUUUCACAGCUUGACUUUCUGCCUUUAGAGAGGUGUUCUUUUGUUUAACGUUGAUUACUUUGCAGAUGGUGCUUGUUAAUUUUGCCCAACAUCAUUCCUUCUUUGUAUUGGUAUUUCUAUGCUUUUCUCUGGUGUCAGACGGAUUUAAUUUCACACUGUCCGUUUUGCUACUGCUUGGGCUCGUCUGUUCCUUGUUUUGCACCCCCUUGAUUUGUGUGGUAGUUUUUCUCAGCUGCGGACAUGAGCUGCCUGUUUCCUAAUCCAUCUACUGGCCAUUUACUCUGUGAAAGUGGUGAACUUUGCCCCCACCCCCCAAGACUGUAGGGAAGGUUUCUUUUAAGAUUUCUAGUCUUGUGUUUUCAGAAUCCCUGUAAGCAAUGUGUCUAUUCAUUUGAGGUUCUAUCCAUUACAGUUCAGUUGUGAUCCUUUUGAGAGAGAUUUGAGAAGUAACUUGGGUAAUUCAUGGGCUGAGCUGAUGGCUUACCCUUUGAUAAUCUUGCAUUGUUUUUCAGUUUGUUACAUCACCAGUCUCUAGCUUCAUUGUGUGCUGGUGGAGGGGGAAGUGAGCACCCUGUAUUUGAUGUGGUGUCUCUAUGCAAUUAAAGGAACUCUGAACAUAG